AUGGAUCCACCACCUGCUAUUGAAGAUCAACCAGACGCGUCGGAUCUGGAUCUCACCUGGAGCUCAGAUCAAGAUUAUGAUGAAUGUGUAUACUACCACGAAGGAAGUGAUCUGUACGCGGAAGAUGUCGACGGUCAGAUGGCGGUACUGCCAGAAGUGCCCGUGACGACGGAAGAUGUGAAGAUCGAGGACAUCCAGCUAUGUGGAUCUGAUGAUCAGACCCCAGAAGAAAUUGAUCGACUUCGCCAAAGGAUCUGGAAGUUCCGACACCUCUUGAUCGGCAAAGGAAAUGCCCUCCCACCGGCAACCAGAGAUAUUGUACGCGACAUCGAUGUCGGAGGAGCGAGGCCUAUCGUCCUGAAGGAGAAGCUGGCGGACUUGAUCAAGGGACUGUUGUCUGCCAAGAUGGUCAAUUACUCUAGAUCACCAUGGGCCUCCCCGAUCGUGGUGAUCAUCAAGAAGAACGAAGUGAUAUCAGGUUGUGCAUUGAUUAACAGCCUAACUCAACUAAUGAUAUACCCAAUGCCCUUGAUCAAGGACUUACUUGAUGAUCUGGAGUCAACACUUUGGUACCGUUCGUUGGAUAUGGCGAGUAGAUUUUGGGUAGUGAAAAUGACGGAUCAUGCUCGUUUGAUCUCGGCUGUUAUCACUCCUUUUGGGUUAUUUGAGUGGAAUCGAAUGCCUUUUGGUGCGUCCCAGAUCUAUCAACGUAUGAUCGACAACGCGCCAUAUGGGUUCACCCGGAUCCCGAAGUCUGAAGAUCACGGAAAUACUUUGGAUGUGUUUGAGGACGGGGAACCGGUGGAUCCAGGCAAGCCAUCGGUACUUGAGCGUAGAUCAUAUAUCGAUGACAUUCCGAUUCCAGCCAAUAACUGGGAUCAACUAUGUGACCGAGUCGAAGGUUUACUCGCAGCGUGUGAUAAGUGGAAUGUGUCGAUCAGCGUGGUUAAGAGCUUCUGGAGGAUGCCUAAGGUGGGAUAUCUGGGUCAUAAGGUCUCCCACAAUGGACUGGAGGCGAACCCGAAAGACCUGUCGGCAUUGGCGGAUCUAGCAUUUCCAGGAUCAUUUAGGGUCAUGCAGUCAUUUUUGGGAAGUCUGAACUAUUACAGCCGGUUCAUUGAAGACUUGCGAUUUAUGCGUCAGUUCUGUAUGAAUUACGAGAAAUCGACUUGCUGCGAUGGUGAAAGAGGCUACCCAAGCGCAGAUUCAACACGUGUUGGAAGCAGAGAACGUGAAUCGAGGAUCACAGGAAUAUCAAGGGGUCGGCCACCGAAAGACUUGGAUCUGGAGGCGCCAGAUCCUACUGAGGUGGGUCCGCGUUGGAUCCAUGCCCAUCGGUCCUUCAGUGUGCUUAAAACCAAGAUCGCUACUACUCCGAUCUUACGGCAUUUUGAUCCAGAUCGGAGAGCUACGGUCGUGGCGUAUGCUAGCGAUUGGCCCAUUUCGGGCUCAUUGAUGCAGGAAUACGACCAGAUCUACUACCCCGUGAUGUUUGCGAGCCGUACUCUGAAGUCGAAUGAGCUGAAAUACCGCAUCGCGGAGAAGGAGGUAUUAGCCCUCCUAAGGAUCCUGGAUCUUAACUACAAUGCACGGGAAGGGCAUCCGGUCCAUGAACGUUUAGGUCAGUGGGCUUUUCUACUGUCGCAAUGGACUCUCGAGAUCACCAAGUGCGUUAAAGAGGAAGAUGAGAGCCUGGGAGCAUUGGCGGCGAGAAUUACGCCUAGAUCACAGGUGGAUAAGGCGCUGAUCUCGAUUGCCCCUAAGAAGGAGCCACGGCGCAAGAUCUAG